AUGUCUCGCCAACGCAGAAACGUGCACGUCGGGCUAUGCGGCGGAGGACUGGGAGGUCUAAUGGCUGCGAUCGCGCUAGCCCGCGGCGGUGCACAAGUCACUGUGCUCGAGGCAGCCGCCGAGCUCGGGGAGAUUGGUGCAGGGAUACAGAUGACGCCGAACGUGGCUCGGUUCUUGCAGCGCUGGGGCAUAAGCGACAUCAUCGGCGCGAACCUCGUGCAGUGCGAGCGCAUCAAUAUCCGCGCCGCAGAUGGAAGUCUCAUCGCGUUCUCGGACUUUAAGCGCAUCCUGCGUGACUAUGGCUUUCCCUGGUGGGUGGUCAACCGGUAUCACCUGCUGGCGGGUCUGGCGGAGUCCUGCAAAAGGCAUGGCGUUGAGAUCGUGCUUGAUGCGAGGGUCGACGAGAUCGUGUUCUCUGAUGAUGUUGAUUCGAAAGUUAGUGUAGUCACUGAGAAAGGAGCAAGGCAUGCGUUUGAUCUGCUGGUGGGCUCGGAUGGUGUCAAGUCCGUGGUGCGGAAGAAGCUGUUCCCAGACGUGAAGCCAACGGCGUUGACGAUGAAUGCGGCGUAUCGCGCUGUGAUCCCCUACGAGGAGGUCUUCGCGAAGAUUCCUGAGGCGAAGUCGGUGCUGGGAAAUAAUAUCGACGUGUGGACCGCUCCAGGGAGCUACUUCAUAUCGUAUCCGAUGACGGCAGGGACCGAUUUCAACGCCGUCCUAUCCCACCAUACGCGAGACAAUCAUAUCGUAGAGGAUGUUGAAGAGGCAGACAUGGUCGAACUCCGCGAGUCGUUCGAACAUUAUGAUCCUAUCGUCCAGAAAAUCAUCCACUUGAUCCCGGAGUCGAAACGGUGGCCGCUUCUGAUGACCGGACCACUGGAAAGUUGGUCUAACAAAGUGAAGAACGUCGUUCUAAUGGGUGAUGCUGCUCACUCGAUGGUCAACCAUCUAGCUCAGGGUGCAGCAACGUCGAUGGAGGAUGGGGUUUUUCUGGGAAGAGUCAUCUCGGACGUUGUGAGAGGCAUCCUUAGCCUUCCCGAGGCAGUCGAGAUAUACGAGAAGACUCGAAUGCCUAGGGCUUGGACGAAGCAGCAGGUUUCAUUCACCAGCGGCCAAGCCACUUUCGCAGCAGAGCCCGAACUGUCGCGACGUAACCUUGCCUCUCGUAUAGAAACGCAUGGGUACUUCAAAAAUCCCGUCGAUCCUGCUCACCCGCCUCCAGCCUAUCGGUCAUGGAAUCUGUGGGGAUAUCCGGAUAGUGUCCCGGGAGUAUAUGCCUACGAUGCCGAGUCUGAUGCUGAUAAUGCAGUUUGUGAGUUUCUCGGGAAGCAAGGACCUGUGGACCCGACCACGAGGGUUAGUCAACGUCUGAGAGAGAAAUGGUGGAGCUGGAGCGUAGUCGAAGCAGAGGAUGCUCAGAGGGGAGAGAAAUCGAAGCUAUAA